AACCUAGUUCGGACAGUCCACGAAUAUGGUGCAGCAACUUCCUCCUCAGGGAGGCUCACGAAAGAUCUCCUUCAACGUUUCCGACCAAUAUGAAAUUCAAGAUGUCAUUGGUGAAGGUGCCUACGGUGUGGUUUGCUCUGCCAUCCAUAAACCAUCUGGUCAAAAAGUCGCCAUCAAGAAGAUCACUCCUUUCGACCACUCGAUGUUCUGUUUGCGAACUUUGCGUGAGAUGAAGCUGCUUCGCUACUUCAACCACGAAAACAUCAUCUCCAUCCUGGAUAUCCAAAGACCACGCAACUAUGAGAGCUUCAACGAAGUUUAUCUAAUCCAGGAGCUGAUGGAGACUGACAUGCACCGAGUCAUUCGUACUCAAGAUCUUUCGGAUGAUCACUGCCAAUAUUUCAUUUACCAGACUCUACGUGCUCUGAAAGCUAUGCACUCAGCAAACGUUCUUCAUCGUGAUCUGAAGCCUUCGAACUUGCUCCUCAACGCAAAUUGCGAUUUGAAAGUGUGCGAUUUUGGCUUGGCCCGUUCGGCUGCCUCCACAGAUGAUAACUCAGGGUUCAUGACAGAAUAUGUGGCGACCAGAUGGUACCGUGCGCCGGAGAUCAUGUUGACAUUCAAGGAAUACACCAAAGCCAUUGAUGUGUGGAGUGUCGGUUGUAUCCUCGCUGAGAUGCUGAGCGGAAAACCUCUAUUCCCUGGAAAGGAUUAUCAUCACCAACUGACUCUUAUUUUGGACGUUCUCGGUACACCGACAAUGGAGGACUACUAUGGAAUCAAAUCCCGACGGGCUCGGGAAUAUAUCCGAUCUCUCCCUUUCAAAAAGAAGAUCCCCUUUAAGGCGCUAUUCCCGAAGGCCAACGAUUUGGCCCUGGACCUCCUGGAGAGGCUCCUGGCAUUCAACCCGGCCAAGCGUAUUACUGUGGAGGAAGCUUUGCGCCAUCCGUACCUGGAGCCGUAUCAUGACCCCGAAGAUGAGCCCACGGCACCUCCCAUUCCGGAAGGGUUCUUUGACUUCGACAAGAAUAAGGAUGCCCUUAGCAAGGAGCAGUUGAAGAUUCUAAUCUACGAGGAGAUUAUGCGGUGA